UUCCCAGCGAUUACUGCGAUCAUGCGCAUCGUCUGUGAGCGACAGCGCUUCGUGUCAGAUGUGGUCCUCUACUGAGCGGCCUGCGUUUCAGUGAAGCUGUUCAAAGCGGGAAGGCGGAGGCAUGCCUCCUGUAGCUCAUCCAUCUUUGAAUGCGGCCAUGAUGCUGGACACUGACCACCUGCAUUGCUAUGUAGCUGCGGAAAGUGGCCCAAGGCGACGCUUAACGGCAAGCUGAGUGACUUUUGCUCGAGGCGAUGCACGGAAGACACGUUGGACUCUGGUAUUUCGCAUCUUGUGCCGUUUCAAGUGGAGCGGCGAUCGAACUGAAGACUUACAGCUCCUAUCAUCUUGCACAUAAGCAACAACAUGGCAAUCUUCAGAGCAAUAUCGAAAUUUUUCAAGGACCAGUGGAAGCACCCCACACCUUCCACUCCCACCAUCAUCUGGAAAAUCUACUGCGACAGAGCCCACGAAGCCGAGUUCUCGAAGUACAGGCACGCCAUCCACCGCAAGACGCACUACCCAAGCGGAAACAGCAAGCGACGCUGGCACGGCACCAUCCGCGCGUGCACCAUCGGCGACAGCGAGGGGCAGACCGACUUCUGCGAGGAUGACGACUGCUCGCUCUGCUCCAUCAUCCGGACGUCGUUCCGCAUCGCGAAGGCGAAAAGGCGCACGAACUUCGGCCGGUUCGGCGCGGGCAUCUACACCUCCGCGACGUCGUCCAAGGCGCACGCCUACGUCGCGGAGAAGGGUGGGUCCCCUUACAAGGCGAUGCUCCUGAACGACGUCGUGCUGGGCAAGCCGAUCAAGCUCAAGAAGACCGACACGUCGCUCACUGAGCCCCCUGAGGAUUAUGACUCUGUGAUCGGCGAGCCCGGUGGAGACUUGAACUAUGACGAGGCUAUUGUCUACAAGAACGAAGCUAUCCGACCGCUUUUCCUGGUCAUCUACCGCCACUGA